AUGAAUGAGCAAAUCGCCGCCUACAGCGCACGACAUCGUGACGUCGAAUCUGUUUUGAAACCUCUGAAAGAAGUCGAAGAUAAGAUGUUCCAGGCCGUGGACGAUAGCACCAUCAACGCCGCCAAGGCAGAGAACAACGUGCGAAGAAAACGGUUCGAGUACCACAACGCGCUUCAAGCUGGUGACAUCGGUACACUUGCACUAGAGUUGUACCAAAAGGAGAUCGAAGAAGCCAGGAUCGAUCGUGACGAGAAGCAGAAGAUCAAGGAUGAUAUGGUGGCAUUAGCCGAGGAGAUGGAGCAGAAGCCCGAACUGAGGCCUCGUAUCCCGGCUGGAGCAGAAAUCACGGAGGGGCGGAUGACUAUCAUUAAUGACGCUAUGCGAUCGCUUCAGGACCGUAUGGAUAGCAUUUCUAAGCAGAUGUAA